UUUUGUCGCUGUCGCCAUAUAUUGCACGAUGGUUUGCUGCCCAGAAAGCAAUUGGUGAAAGUGAAACCCACCUUAAUUUUUCUUUUAUUAAGCAAUUUUUGGGCCUUAUUUUUACUGUUUUUGCUGGUUGGUAGCUAAAAGUUCCUUGGAACGGGUCAGGGGUGCAAAAAGAUUCAUAUAAAGUCCGGAAGAAGAGUCAAAGAUCACCAGGACAAUGGGUUCUGGUGAUCAUUGCUCCAACCACAGUGAGUCGUAUGCAGCAGAGGAAGAAGAAGAUGCAGAAGAGGAAGAAAGCACUUUGGUUGAGUGCAGAAUCUGUCAAGAGGAGGAAGACAGACUGAACCUUGAAGUCCCUUGUGGCUGUUCUGGAAGCGUGAAGUACGCACACAGGAAGUGUGUCCAAACAUGGUGCAACGCGAAAGGUAACACCGUCUGUGAAGUUUGUUGUCAGCCAUAUCGGAGUGGAUACACUGCAAAUCUUCAUCUUGGUCAGGAAGGAAGACACAUUUCACUCGACAUCAGUGAUGAGUAUGGCGGUGAAAUGCUAUCGAACGAGGAUGACGAGGAACACUUUGAGAGAGACUAUCGUAAAGCUGCUACUGGUUGUCGCUCAGCUGCUAUCAUGUUGAUGGCUGUGCUGCUUCUCCGUCAUGCUUUAACUGUAGCGGCAGAACAUUCACGAGGUGACUCUGCACUCUUCUGCAUACUUGUUCUAGUUAGGGCCGCUGGCUUUCUGCUUCCUUGCUACUUAAUGGCCAGAGCGAUCAACAUCUUGCAGUAUAGGCGACGACAGAGGAACGAGGAAGGAGUGAUGGCAGCAGCAUUGUCCAUGGCCAUGAGGGCAGGCCAUGCUCGUGUGGCUCGCAAUGAACCUUCUGCACACAAUCUAUUGUUACAGCUAGAACCUUGACGGUGCAUGAUACCGGUCAAGCCAUUCCAUGAUCCAAGUGAAUGAAUACAAGUUUCUGUUGUUUGCAAAAUGAUAUGGCACAUACUGUCCCAUUCGUUUCGUUUUCGGUGUUUCGCAGCCUAAGUAUAGAAUUGUAGAUGGCAGUCAGAAGUUUCUUGUGUCCAAGACUUCCAGCAACU